AUGGCGUUUUUCCUGUGUCAACUUAAAGAAGAAAAAGAAGUAGUGAUCAAAUGCUCUGACACGGAUAUCCUCGUCAUCGUCCUUGCAAACAUGGAACAACUACCAGCGUCACUGAAGGUUUGGACAUUAUUUGGCGCCGGAAACAAUCGUCGUUACAUUAACAUAAACAAAGUGUAUGACGUACUGGGAAGCAAAAAAUGCUCAGGCUUAUCGGCUUUCCAUGCCUUAACCGGGUGCGAUUUCAAACCUGCAUUUUACCGCAAGGGAAAAGUAACCGUGGGAACCGUAUUCUGCCAAUGA